CUGGGGCUGAAUGUACUUAGGAUUCCAUUCCAAGGUUGACUUGAAAGGUGCGUGGAAGAUCGAGAAAAGAAAGGUAUUAAGUCAUGAUGCAGGAAUCUGCGACAGAGACAAUAAGCAACAGUUCAAUGAAUCAAAAUGGAAUGAGCACUCUAGGCAGCCAAUUAGAUGCUGGCAGCAGAGAUGGGAGACCAAGUGGUGACACCAGCUCUGAAGUAAGCACAGUGGAGCUGCUGCAUCUGCAACAACAGCAGGCUCUCCAGGCGGCAAGACAACUUCUGUUACAGCAGCAAACAAGUGGGCUGAAAUCUCCUAAGAGCAGUGACAAACAGAGGCCAUUGCAGGUCCCCGUGUCAGUGGCCAUGAUGACGCCCCAGGUGAUCACCCCUCAGCAGAUGCAACAGAUUCUUCAGCAGCAGGUCCUGUCUCCUCAGCAGCUCCAAGCCCUCCUCCAGCAGCAGCAGGCAGUGAUGCUACAGCAGCAACAACUACAAGAGUUUUACAAGAAACAGCAGGAGCAGUUACAUCUUCAGCUUUUGCAGCAGCAGCAACAGCAGCAGCAGCAACAGCAGCAGCAGCAGCAACAACAGCAACAGCAGCAACAACAGCAGCAGCAGCAACAGCAGCAGCAGCAGCAGCAGCCGCAGCAUCCUGGCAAGCAAGCGAAAGAGCAGCAACAGCAGCAGCAGCAGCAGCAGCAGCAGCAGCAGCAACAGCAGCAGUUGGCCGCCCAGCAGCUUGUCUUCCAGCAGCAGCUUCUCCAAAUGCAGCAACUGCAGCAGCAGCAGCAUCUGCUCAGCCUUCAGCGACAGGGCCUCAUCUCCAUCCCACCAGGCCAAGCGGCCCUCCCUGUCCAGUCGCUGCCUCAAGCUGGUCUGAGCCCUGCCGAGAUUCAGCAGCUGUGGAAAGAAGUGACUGGAAUCCAUACUAUGGAAGACAAUGGCAUUAAACACGGAGGGCUAGACCUCACCACAAACAAUUCCUCCUCGACUACCUCCUCCACCACUUCCAAAGCAUCACCACCAAUAACUCAUCACUCCAUAGUGAACGGACAGUCUUCAGUCCUGAAUGCAAGGCGGGACAGCUCGUCACAUGAGGAGACUGGCGCCUCCCACACGCUCUAUGGCCAUGGAGUUUGCAAGUGGCCAGGCUGUGAAAGCAUUUGUGAAGAUUUUGGACAGUUUUUGAAGCACCUUAACAAUGAGCAUGCAUUGGAUGACCGGAGCACCGCCCAAUGUCGCGUGCAAAUGCAGGUGGUACAGCAGUUAGAAAUACAGCUUUCGAAGGAACGUGAACGUCUUCAAGCGAUGAUGACCCACUUGCACAUGCGACCCUCAGAGCCCAAACCAUCUCCCAAACCUCUAAAUCUGGUGUCUAGUGUCACCAUGUCGAAGAACAUGUUGGAGACAUCCCCACAGAGCUUACCUCAAACCCCUACCACACCAACGGCCCCAGUCACCCCGAUUACCCAGGGACCCUCAGUAAUCACCCCAGCCAGUGUGCCCAAUGUGGGAGCCAUAAGAAGGCGACAUUCAGACAAAUACAACAUGCCCAUGUCAUCAGAGAUUGCCCCGAACUACGAAUUUUAUAAAAAUGCAGAUGUUAGGCCUCCAUUUACUUAUGCAACUCUCAUAAGGCAGGCUAUCAUGGAGUCCUCUGACAGACAGUUAACACUUAAUGAAAUUUACAGCUGGUUUACACGGACCUUCGCUUACUUCCGGCGGAACGCUGCAACUUGGAAGAAUGCAGUACGUCAUAAUCUUAGCCUGCACAAAUGUUUUGUUCGAGUAGAAAAUGUGAAAGGAGCAGUGUGGACUGUGGAUGAAGUAGAAUACCAGAAGCGAAGGUCACAAAAGAUAACAGGAAGUCCAACUUUAGUAAAAAAUAUACCUACAAGUUUGGGCUAUGGAGCAGCUCUUAAUGCCAGUUUGCAGGCUGCCUUGGCAGAGAGCAGUUUGCCUUUGUUAAGUAACCCUGGACUGAUCAAUAACGCCUCCAGUGGCCUCCUGCAGGCCGUCCAUGAAGACCUCAACGGUUCCCUGGACCACAUCGACAGCAAUGGGAACAGCAGUCCGGGCUGCUCGCCUCAGCCACACAUACAUUCGAUCCACGUCAAGGAAGAACCUGUGAUUGCCGAGGAUGAAGACUGUCCCAUGUCUUUAGUGACAACAGCCAAUCACAGUCCAGAGUUAGAGGAUGACAGAGAGAUUGAGGAAGAGCCUUUAUCUGAAGAUCUGGAAUGAGAAUGAACUUGUGACACCUCAGUGUGAAGGGACAUAUCACUGACCUUCAUAACCACUCCACAACCAUGAAUAUUUGACACAUUUUUACUGUGACUAUUUAUUAAGCAUGGAUAAAGGAGACAGCCCUAAAGGAACUUACCAAGCCAGCCCUUUGGGAUUCAGAACCAACAGGCAAAAUGCUUGUUUUCUUCUCUCUCUGUCUUUAUCGUUUAUUUCUUUAUUUUACUUUCUUUUCUUUUUCUUUUUUCUUUUUUAGAAAAAAAAAAGCAAAAAACUGAUUUUCUUGGGAAAAAAAAAGAACUGUUCUUUCCAUAAUGGCUCUGCCCAUUUAAAAAAUGUGGCUCUUAAGGGUUCAUGAAAUGACUGAAUAUGAGGAUCCAUGUCCUAUAGAAAGCAACUGCGCCUCAUAUACUGCCAAAAAUAGUGUUAGUUUCAUUAAUGUGAAUUUUCCAGCAUUCAGUAGUUGUAAUGUUAGAAACAAUUGCUGGUCAAGUUCAACUUGUUGCUAUUGUUUUUUAAUUUGCACAGGAGUAGUAUCAGAAAUUAGUCACUGCUUGUAUCUAGCUCAAUUUUAAACAACAGAACAUUAGUUUUUUAUGUUGGUGCCACCAACUGUAAAUGACAUAAGUUAGUUAUUCCAAAACACAGUAAUUAGACUGUUGCAACCAUCUCCCACCUUAGGCUUCCAGUCUGUGCUGUUAGUGUUAAGAUGUAAAGUGCAAUCCUAAGCUAACAUUAUCUGUGCAAGCACCAUAGAAACAUUUGCAUAUCUGCAUAGAUCUUACAACUGUACUCUUUACCUCCUUGUGAUAAAGCUUUGUCUACCUGCAAACACAGUCAAAGGCUACAGCUGCAAACCAAAGCCAACUCGAACCAUGGCCAAGAGCCCCAGGACAGAAGCAGCCACAUGCUUUGGUCAGCCUUCUGUAACUUCAAUUAGUACAAAGGAACCUUUUCCAUGAACUACCUGCUGUUUUCUGAUGACCUCUGGGAUCUUUUCAUUUAGCCCUAAACAAAGAAACAAAUAUGACAGAAAAACAAAACCACAGAUAAAAGUAUUCAUUCAGUCACAGAGUAAUCUUCUGAGGCCAAAAGUCCAUCUAAAUGCAAUGAAGAUUUGCUUUCGUUAAAGACAGAGGUGAGGACAAAAUCUGCAGUGGAAGUUAUGACAUGCUAGAAAGCAACAAAUGUGGAUCACUGACCAAAACAAUUGUGUACUUGAUGCAAAUGCAGAUUGCGUAUUGUUAUAUAUAUAUAGUACAUUGUGUUUUUGUUUUCUCCAUCCAGUCAAUUCUUUUUGGUGAUGAGUACAUGUUGUUAGAAGUACAUGUCUUGUAUGGUCUGAAUCUCUGUCGUGUACUAUUUUUUUAUAGUCUUAAGUUAUAAUAAAAAAAAAACAAAAAGUAGGAACCAAACAUAAAAGGUCUAGUAAAGCCAAAAAUUAAUUUCCUAUUGAUUUUAAAGUGAUCUAGCUGAGUUUUUACACUGAAAGCAAAGAUUAUAGCAAGUGUAGCCCAUGGUAUUUAUUUUCAGUCAAACCAAAGUUACAUAUACUUCUGCCUCUUCUUAUAUGGGAUAUAAACACUAACACACUCCCUUCAAAGACUUGCGCAGGCCAAAUUGUUGGAAUGCUGAUUUGCUUGACAACUCUAAACCCCAAAACUAUGAUAAUACGUUAUGGUGUAGUUGAAGAUAGCAUAGCCAGAUGUUUGCUUAAAACCUAGAGACUUUACGUGUUGCUUUUCAUGUGCUGUGCCAAGUCUUGAUAAUACUUUUUCCCCCAACCAAGGGACCUCAUAACCUGAUUAUGGUUAUUGCUUUACAAACAGUUUUGACAGACGGUGGCUGCUAGAGCUCCGUGUGGUGGAGCCGGUUCUUGCAAACUAAGCUCAAUGUUUAUCCUUUGCUGAAGUCAGCAAAUAGAGUUAGAGAGAUACCCAGUCAUCUUUCACACCAAAAAAAGGACAUAACGGCUUUCAAAAGGGUUUUCCCACUUACCCAAAAGGCUUUCUGAAAGCUUCUACCUCUGCAAAAAAGAAAAAAAGGAAAAAGAAAAAAAAAAAGAAAAAAGGAAAAAAAAAAGGAAAAAAAGAGAAAAAAGUUAGAACAAUUAUGGCAGAUUGCAUGAAACAUGAGAACGUCACAGUAACUGCUACUUUUCAUUAUGUUUGUCUUUGGGUCAUGAUCAACGAACCGGAAGUGAUUGACAUGGUCUCAAAAGAGAGAUUGGUAUUCUGAAGGAUGGUUCUCUGAUGUCUAGGAUACUGCCGUCAGGAUUAUCUGAAAGGGAAUGAAUCUUUCGGGUGCAUGUCCAAAAUGCUUUGAUGGACUGGAAGGAACUGGGAGAGUCGUACCAUCGGGAGGGUGGCCUAAGACUACAAUGCUAAAGUAUGCAUACCUCAGUUUCAAAACUUUUGAAAGGAAGUCUCAGCCACAGAAUGCAUAUACCUGUAGAGUUCUGCAUGGGUUUUAUAUGAAUACAAUUUUAAAAAAUAGCUGCUUGCACAUUAUACCAGAAAAACCUCCAAAACUGCAAUUGCUUUGAAAAUAGAUUUUAGGUUUUUUGGAGUUUUCUGAAAUGCUUGGUCUGUAUUUUGAUAAUUGUGCAUAUUAUGUAAAAAUGUUGGUGGACCCAUAAAUGACCAGACUUUUUCUAAGAAAAAUGUUGCUUUAAUGCAUUUCAUGGAUUUUUACUCUUCUAUCAUUGCUUGCUAGUAAUAGCAAACCUGCUUUUCUGCAUCUGCUUUGCGUAGCUAUUGUAAGGCUUUGAACUAAUGUAUGUAUUUAUUGCUUGAACUUCUGUGCAUACCUUAUAAAGCAUAAUGUCUGACAAUUUAAAUGGCUCAUGUAUUCUUGCUUCUACCAUAAGCUGAUUAUGGAGACUAUGAUCUUUUGUAUACAGCAAAUUUUAACUGUAGCACAAACAUCUGUUUAUGUAUUGGUGGGAUAUACCUGUUUUAUUUAUCUUCUUUGAGGUAAACUAAUUUUUGAUACUUUCAUUACUGUGUACUAUGUUCAUAUUUUGAAUUCUCUGACGUUAGAAGUCAUGGUUGAGAAUUGUAACACAACUGUUAUUCGUUCUGUAUUCAUGGCUUUCACUGCUGAAUAAAAUAAAGGACCAAACCUA